AAUAAGUGGAUUUUUUAUUUAUUUAUUUUUGCCUGUUUUUUUUUUCUAGUUAUUGCACGGUUAUAUAAGCAGUAUCUUAUUCUUUAUGCUUUGCUGUUGACGUCAAACUGCAAUCGAAGUGUCUCAAAUAAACGACGACUUUUCUUCAUGUCGGCCUUUCAGUCCCGAGCGCGGCAAGAGGAUCCGGAGCAGCUGCGUUUGAAACAGAAGGCGAAAGAGAUGCAGCAGCAGGAGCUGGCUCAGAUGAGACAGAGGGAGGCCAACCUGACUGCUUUGGCAGCCAUUGGUCCCAGGAAGAAGAAGAAGAACCUGGACUCUCCAUCCUCAUCUGCUUCAGCUGAGGGGUCCGGAACAGGCUUGUCUCUAACCGGCGCCGCUGGUUCCUCGGGCUCCAGACUCACUCGACAGCGCAUCACGCGUGUCAAUCUCAGGGACCUGCUCUUCUGCCUGGAGAACGAGAGAUUUACCAGUCGCUCUCAUUUCCUCUACAAGGGCUUUCUCAAAUAGCCUUGAUGUUUGAGAAAGAGAGAGAGAGAGAGAGAUAGAGAGAGAGUAGAGGGGGGAGGAGGGAGCGACGUGAGUGGAGAGACCAAAACGCUCCCUCUAGAGAAAGACUCCUUUGGGUAAAAAGGAGAGGAGACGAUCUAUUUGGUGCAUUUAAAGGUUCUUUAGGUUCACCUGCUAUCAUAAAAUACAAUCGUAGCCAUACUGGAAGGCCUCUCUACCUCCCUCCUCAAGUGAUGCCUCUUUUCCUUCAGAGCAGUCGUUGACUGAUGCCCCUUUAUCUGCCCUGUUAAAACCUCCUUUUCUUUCAAGAUGGUGCAAAAGUAAAACGUGUUUUAUGAAGGUUUUAUUUUGUGUGAACAAAAGACAUAAUGUACAAUUGUGCACUGUAUCAUAGUUUGGUUUAUUUUCUGAACAUUCGUAUGCAAGCUAGGCUUUAAAGCUAUGGAAAUCACUAGUAUUAGACAACCGGUUUGUUUUUGUUUUGUUUUUCUUGAAUGAUGAUCUCGUUCUAGUUUGUGUUGAUUUUUAGUUUGAUCUCCAAACUGUGUAACCUGCUGAGUUGCCUUCCUAACUAUGAAUAAGCCAUACAACCAUUCUCACACAAUUAACCCUGCUGUAAGCUCACUCUGUUCAUCUCCAUUACUUUGCAGCAUAUUUAAAAAUUUCCAUCGUAUUUAUUUACUAAAAAUCUAAGUUUAAAUUAAUGUUUAGCUAUUUAUUUAUUAUGUGACGCUACAAGUGUGUCCUAUUGCUUAAAGCUGGAAAAAAAAAUUAAAAGUACAUCCACAACAGGAUAUGUUUGAAAUGACGUUUUAGAUUUCAGAUGCUUAGAGUUGGGUGUUCUUUAUUUUUAAUCUAUUCUUUAGAUUUAAACUUAAAAUUUCUAAUUCUAAUAGUUUUUUUAAGGCUUCUAACCUCUGUUGCUAUACCAAACUUCUUCAGUCUAUUUUGGUAGCCUCCCAACACACAUUUUUACUCCUGUUGCAAACUGACAGCGGUAAUGUGACAUUACUACUUUGGUGAGCUACUGGACAACCCUUUAGGUCUUUAGCGUGUCUGUCUUAAGAAACUAGAGUUUCUUCUUGUACAUUUGUAAAUGUUUCAUCUAAAGUUUUACAUACGGUUUUGUAUAGAAUUGAAAAUUUAUGCAUACUGCAUCAAGAAAAUCUAAAUUUCUCUACUGAAAAGUUUGAAUAAAGGAUGAUUUUACAUAUUC